AUGGAGACAUCAGGCUCGGUUUCUGUGGUCUCUGAGCAGCAGCUGCAGAAGCCAGAGGGCACGAGGAACACCAAAACGGGCUUGGCGGAGCAGAGCCUCAUCUCGUCAGAGAAAUGGCUUCAGCUGCAUGGGCUGAAGAGCAACAGAUUGACCUUGAAACAGAUCUUACCACAAAUUGGAUUCCCACGCUGUAAAGACUAUCUGGCUUCUCUGGGGAGACCCGUGGCUUCUCGGUGUGCUGAUGGCCUGUUUCCGCAGUUCUGCAGAGCAUACAAUUUGACAGCUAAAUCAGAACUGAUCCAUCAGUUUGUGGAAUAUUUAACACAAGCGGCGGAGAGCUACAAGCAGCGGAUGGAAUGGCUCACCAGCCGGAGCCGGCAGGUGUUUGGCGUCAUCUUGGAACAGCGUGUCACCAUGGUGCUGGAUUUUGGUGACAUGCUGGAGGAGGAGCUUAAGCUGUGCCAAGAGGCUCUUGUAAUGGCCCUCCAGGAGCAAGUGGCUCAUGUUAGCAAGUUCAACAUGAUACGGGUUUCUCAAGAGCCUGUGAAAUGGCAGGAAAAUGCCACUCUUGUGACCGAACAAUCCAUAGCCGCUGCCAUCAGUUGGGUUGAGAAACUGACUUUUGAUCUGGUUGUGAGCCAGGCAAGCUGCCUGGAUGCUCUGCUGGAAGCUGGGAAAGACAAAACAAUUGAAUCCAUUUACUACUUUGUGGUGGGAGACAUUCCUGAGGAAUCCAAGGAGCUUCUCCUUCAGAGGGUGUUGGAGAUCCCAUGUCCAGUCUGCACAGUGUCCUUCAAUGCCAGAGGAGAAGGCACAAUCACUUUUCUAAAGGAUCUGAGUGCCAAGAGCCAUGGCAGAUUCCACGCAUUCGCCGAGAGAACGGAGUGUGUGCAGUUUCCCGCGCCGACCACGAAGGAUGGCGGAAGUGGAAUUACUUGGAAUUCAAGACGACUGAAAGGAAAACCCCCUCCAGGAGCCGGGGUCAGAGAGGAUGUCUUUCUCAUCUGGAAGGAGGUGGAGGAGGCCCGGAGCACGCUGGCCCAGCUCCAGAGCCUGGUGACCGAGUUGCCCAAGUCCGACAGGGACAAAACAGCCUGCGAAUCAGGAGCAGCCUCUGUGGAGAAUGAGUCAAAUCCAGAGGACACUUGGGACUCCAGGAAGUGGCUACAGAAAUAUGGCUUGAAAGCCCAGAAGCUAUCAUUUUAUGAUGUCCUUGCUGACUGCUCCUUCCGCCAUAUUGAUGGAGUUGUUGAUAUAAAAGCUAAGCCGGCGAAUGAAUCGGUGAAGACCAGUGCGGUGAUAAUCAAGAAGACAGUCCACGCGAGGUACUGCAGCAGGUUUCUCCACGCUCCCUGGAAGGAUGGGAGCUUGGUCCAUGUCCACGUCACCAAGGAGAAGUGCAGGUGGUACCGUGAGAGAAUCCACUCACUCCUGGCCCAAAUUGAAAGGAGGAUUGAAUGGCUACAAGAUGGGAGUCAAAUGCUAUUUGGAAAAGUGCUUCAUGAUUGCGUCUAUAUCCUCAUUGAUGCCUCUCACUCAAUGAAGGGCAAACUGGACUUGGUGAAGGACAAGAUCAUUCAGCUUAUACAGGAACAGCUAAAAUAUAAAAGUAAAUUCAAUUUUGUGACAUUUGAUGCGCAAGCAGUUGCUUGGAGUGAAAAACUUGCUGAAAUCAAUGAAGAUAAUUUGGAAAGGGCUCAGUCCUGGGUUAGAGGCAUUGAGGUUGGAAGCUCCACAAACACUCUGAAUGCACUGCAAAUUGCUUUUGCUGAUAAAGAAACACAAGUAAUCUACCUUUUGACAGAUGGGAGACCUGAUCAGCCACCUGAAGUGAUUAUAGACCAAGUCAAAGUUUCUCACAAAAUUCCUGUUUACACCAUCUCCUUUAAUUACAAUGAUGAGAUUGCAAAUGGAUUUUUGAAAGAACUUGCUUGUUUGACUGGAGGAGAGUUCCAUUUUUAUAAUUUUGGUGGCAAGGAUCCCUAUCCUCCAGAGACUGAUCAGAAUGAAGAUCUGACUCUUUUAGUUAAAGAAAUGGAGCAGGGGAGACGUGACCUGGAGAAGAUGCAAGACCUUUAUUCCGAGUCCUUGAUCAUGGACUGGUGGUACAACGGAGAGAAGGAAGGAGAGAAUAAGCACCAAAAAGAAAUCUCUUCUCUGGUUUCAACCUCAGAAAAAUGCGCAAAACCUCAACCUGAUGUUGAAUCAACCGAAACAUCAUCUCCAUCUGCGUCAAAAGGACAGGGGGGUCUUCCAAAUCAGAGGAGUCAGAGAAAGAAGGUCCUCCACGCAGAGCCAACCAAAACCAGCCUGCUCAGAAGCCAGAUGUCCACCCUCCGGAGCUCAGCCUGCUGCGACAGGAAGGACGGCCUCUCCAGCUGCAGCAGCCGGAACGUUGCUUCAAGCGACAUGCGCGUCAGCCUGCUGACAGAUGAUUAUCCAGAUGACAGAUCAUUAGAAAGAUCGACUCGAGAAGGAAGCCAAGUUUAUGACCAAGAUUCUUUAGAUAUGUCUUCAGCAAACUGGCUCAAGACCCACGGCUUGGUUGCCAAGAAGCUCACCAUCAUGGAUGCCUUGUCGGUGACAGCAGUCCCUCACACCACCACCUACAUUCCGGUUCUGGACAAGCAUGUUGCUUCCAAGGUCUUUGAUGAGGUGUUCCCUCUGGCUCGCGUGUGCAACGGCACAAAUAAGAUGACAUUAAUCAACCCCCAAGGAGUGAAGCUCGACAUCUACAAGCAGAAAGUAGAACAAGCAAUUCGGUCCUAUGAAAGGCGCUUGAAUAAAAUCGUUUGGCGAGCAUUAUCUCCAGAGGAAAAAGAAAAGUUAGAUGCAGACAAACCAAUGAGGUACUUGGAAAACAAAGUAGCUUUAAACGAGGCACUAGAACGGUUGAAUUGGCCCAUUUCAUUGAAAGAGCUGUCGUUGCUGGAAAAUGAAAUCUUAGCUGGGAAGAUGUACAUCCAGCAGGCCAUGGAACUCCAGGAGGCUGCCAAGAAGGAGAAUUACGUGAGCAGGGCACUGGGCGAGCAACAGAAACCACAAGGAAAUCCAACAAAGAAAAGCAAAUCUAGAAGACUGGAUCCUCUCAAAGGCCAGAAAGUUAUUGCAAGAUGUGAAGAAAAUGGCUUUUAUUUUCCAGGGGUUGUGAAGAAGUGUGUGAGUCCCACCCAUGCGUUGGUGGGCUUCAGGUAUGGAGACACCAAGGUUGUGCCCACCUCCUACAUCACACCUGUGGGGGGCGCCAUGCCCUGCCCGAUGCUCCAGGUGGGAGAUUAUGUGUUUGCCAAAAUCGUGAUACCCAAAGGAUUUGACUUCUACGUCCCUGCCAUUGUCGUAGCCCUUCCGAAUCAGGAUGUGCCGGAAGAUAAAUUCUACACCGUUUUAAAGUGUAACAACCGGAGAGAAUUUUGCCCUCGGAGCGCACUUAUUAAGAUCAGCCAAAACAAGUACGCUAUCUCUUGCUCUCAAAUCAAGUCGCCCCCAAUUCAAGAGGACCCAAAAGUGCUAGAGGCGGAGAAGAAGAAUUCUGCUUUCACAAUAUGGCCACUGAAAGACAUUGACGCUGGGGAUUUAAAAGAGCUAAAACAGAACCACGGAAGGAAGAAGAAACCUGCCAAGAAGGUGUAUCCCCAGGAGAGGAUGUCCUCAGACUCCAACAGCUCUUCCUGCGACUCCCAAGAGUCCUACCCCAAGGGACACCUCAAGCCCAAGGCAGGAAGGGAGCAACGUCGCUUAUCUCCAGAACACCCUGAUGCCUCUUUUGAGAAUAGUACACAAGGCCCUCAGCCCAGGCCCUUGGACUCUGCCCGUCAUGCCGUCACCACCACACCUUCACCUUGAGCAGCCCCACCCUGUCUCAUAGCCACGCACGGCAGCAAAGGGCUGAGCACCAUCGCUGAGAAAACGUAA